CUCUGUACGUAUAUAUACACGAGGUCUGGGCAUUGGUCUCACCAUCGCCAGAUCACCACCACAGGCACAUCACUGCCUAGUCACCUACACUACGAAGCUAGGUUGGUAGAGGCCGGCCGGCAAUGGCGUCCAAGGUUGAGCUGGUGGUGGAGGUCAAGUCCCCGGCGGACAAGCUGUGGGCGGCGCUGCGCGACUCCACGGAGCUGUUCCCCAAGAUCUUCCCCGAGCAGUACAAGAGCAUCGAGACCGUCGAGGGCGACGGCAAGUCCGCCGGCACCGUCCGCCUCCUCAAGUACACCGAGGCGGUGCCGAUGCUGACGUUCGCCAAGGAGAAGCUGGAGGUGGCGGACGACGAGAACAAGGUGGUGUCGUACAGCGUGGUGGACGGCGAGCUGGUUGACUUCUACAAGAACUUCAAGAUCACGCUGAAGGUGGCCAAGGCGGCGGCGGCGGAGGGCGAGGGUGAGGCCGGCGCCGUCGUCAACUGGUCCAUGGAGUUCGACAAGGCCAACGACCAGGUGCCCGACCCGGACGUCAUCAAGGAGACCGCCACCAAGACGUUCCACGACCUCGACGACUACCUCCUCAAGAACUAGCAGAUGGAGACGGUCCAGUGUCCAGUUUACUGCUACUACUACUACUAGUGCUCUGCUGCUAGUGCACGUCGCUGGUGUGGUGUUGGUUGGUUCGAUCGUGUCCAUGCUGGUCUAUUUGCUACCUAGCUACGUAGCUACCAAGGUCCGUGUCCUCGUACGUCUGAGGUUCAUGUUGCUGCGGCGCCGCGUCGUCGUGCAUCUGACGACGUGUCGUUGCACACUGGUCCUCCUCCCGCGUCAAUAAAGCUAUCCGUGUUCACGCCC